ACUUGUAUUCUUUAUUGUAAAGAGUUUACUGAAGAAAAUGUAGCGAUUUGCUCCAAAAAAAUAGAGGACAUUGGUGAUGUAGACAUUUGCUAUUCAGUUGAUCCUACUGAUCCAGUUCUGGUGUUGGACAUAAGAGUCAACACUUUACCGUUCAAAUUUCAUCACUCUUUGGCUCAGGUUGUGUAG